GAUGCAUUUUCAUAGUUCUAGAAAAUUAUUCUCAGAUUGUUUGUAUGAAAUGGUUGACAGUUUGCUGUAAAAAUUAUAAAAAAAUUUUAAGUGGUAUUUAGAAACCAGUGUAAAAUUGAUUGAUAAUAAUUUUUCUUGUGAUUAUAUGAUAAUCAUUACAUUUUGGUUACACUUUUAAUGCAAUUAGAAAUGCAUUUUCUUAAUGUAUAAUCAUAUUUACCAAACAUAAUUUUGUAAAGAAUAUUUGUUAUGUUUUUUUUUAUAAUUUAUUUCAUAUAAUUAAUUUUUUAUUAUAUCGUCUAUUAAUAUUUUUUUUAAAAGUAUUUUUGUAUAUGAAAUUCAUAAUGAUUAUUUAUAGAUAUUUAAUAGUUUGUAGAUUGCUUAUUGGUUAUGUUCAAUUAAUAUUCUCUAAUAAGAAAAAGAUAAUCAAAGAUAAUCUUCUUAAUAGAAAAAAUUAUUUAAAAACAAUGUAAAUAAAUUAUAAAUAAAUAAAUUAAUAAACAAUGUGAGAUCAAGUAUGUGUGAUCUAUAAUAAUAUAUAGUGAAUGUUGGAGCAUUUGGAAUAAUUCAUUAAAUGAUUAUGUCUAGAAAACAUCAUAAUUAUGCCAAAGUAAUAAGUGCGAAAAUGUGAAGUACUAUGGCCAUAUUUGAAAAUUAUAUUUGAAACGGAGAUGUCUUCCUCAAAAAUGAUAUCUGUGGUGUAACAAUCUUAGGAUAAUCGAUCUGAAACCACAUAACAGCAUACACGAUUAUCGAUCAAGGAUACGUAAACAGGGAUACAUAGUAUAGUCAUGCACACGCUGUGACCAGGCUACUUAGCGUACGUUUGUUUAGUACCUUUUACGACUAUAUCGUCUGGGCAUGUGUUAGGUUACGAAGAAGCCAGUGUCUAGCGUAUAGCUGAGGGUUGGAUGGCACGGCGCCAUACUUCGAGAGGGUCAUUUAUAACUGUUAUCGUGAGACUUACUAGGCCACUUACUACUUCCACUAUGUCUAUUCUUCAUCCCCUCUUCUAUUUUACAGAAAGAAACUUAAUUUUCUAUAAAUGAUCUAUUCCUUUCUUGAUGGACAAAAAAUGGAAUGAAUUGAGACGACAUAUCGUGAAUUAUUGAACUAAAAUAGAGUAAUUUGUAGAAAUAUAGAAUUAGAGUUGUUAGUUGUAUUGUUUUCUUUAAGUACAAAAUCAUCAACAAUGACUUCGUAGUUGAGAAACUAUAGAAAAGAAGAAGAUUAUUUUAUGUAAAAUAUAUAAUUGCUGCCGGGCCAAUUACAAACCUGUUUUCAUUAGCUUUAGAACUUGUAACAGUAAUAGCUGUGCACACGAUCCUAAUCCUUUGUUCUCGCAAAGCAACUUUGAGUGGUGAACUGACUGAACUUUGGACACAUAAUGCUUACAGUUGGUAAUAUGCUAGCAUUACAUAAACCUACGUGAUAACUAUGCGUAGAUAAAUUUUCAUCUUUAACACUGCUAAGUAUAAUUUCUGUCACAAUGUAUAUGUAAGUAUAUUUUCAAUUUACAUUUACCAUAGAAAUAUAUUAAUUUUAAUUAAUGACAUUUAAUUUUAAAUAGUAUACGAGUUGUUUAAUAAAUUAUAAACAACGAAGAUAAAACUGGUAACAUCUAUUGAAACUCUUCAUGUUUAUCGAACAACAAACGCAGAAUAGUCGAUAUCACUUUUGUGGUUAUUCUGCAGAUUAUAGCGUUUACAGAAUUUUAUUUAUUACAACACGUGAAACGAGGAAGCAUCGCGACAUUGGUGUUGCAACUAACAGCUGGUCAUAUUGGGGACAUUUCUCAUCGCUUUUUUGUCUGUCGCUUAGAGGCGUAGCACUUAAUUCUAAUAUGGAAAUAUGUCGUGCACUCCGCAAGCCGACGAUUAAUGCGAAUAAAUCGAUUUUUGGCGUAGAGGUACGACGGUUGCCGCCAAAUCCUGGAAGCUACGCCAAGUGGCGGAAACACGAGAAUUCCAUCUGGAUUUACUAAGAUCAGUGCCAUUUAAUGUGGGGCUCGAUAAAUCCCUUAAAAGCUGGUGGUCCGCAAGAAGACGGCGCAUUACAAUUUUCCAGAAAGGAGAGUGGCGAACGUCUAGAAGAGACGCAGACAAAUCUGCAAAUGCAAGGCUUCAGGUGCCAAAUGCUUUCAUCGUAUAACGAAUCCAUAAUUAAUGCGUAUUAUAUAAUAUUUAAAUUUUCGCGCGGUUUGAGCGAAUAAGGAACUAUAUUACGCUAGCCAAUUAGAAGCGUCCUAGGCGAACCUGUGGCGCGGGGCGUCAUUCUACUGUCGAAAAUCAUCGUGACAAGGUGCGUCAGGUCGAGUGCGAAAUUUUAACUGCGCAAUUAUCGUUCUGUGAAUUGUAAUUCUUGUGUUCUGUGAACUGUGACUUAUAAAGGAAGCAUGCAUAUCUCAUGACGAUUUAUAGCCAUAUCAUGACAUAUCAGAUAUUAACUCGCAAGAAGCAUUUUAAAUAAAUACGAGAAAGAUUUGGAUUCCAUCUGAAUGAAAGGAAAUGGCUAGAAGGCAGACGCAAUAGAAACUUUGGAAGGCAAUACCGGAAGGCGAAAUGUGCCUAAUUGUUUUCUUCCCAUCUAUUCAUCUUCUCUUUCAUCAUGCCAGAAGCUAUUACGUAUUGCAAAAACGGGGCAAGAUGUGUCUCCAUCUUCACGGAUUCAUCAUAACGGGUGACGGUGGCGGGAACGAGCAACGUGGGACCGCACGGAGGAGGAGGUGGAAAGGGGGAUUCCCUUGCAGCAGGGUUGUCGAGGAGGUGCGUCGCGCGGAGAGGGUGGCGGAAAAGUCGCAGGAAGCCGUUUGGAGAGAGGGUGGCGCGAGAAGGGAGGAGGUUUGGAGAAAGGAGGAGAGGAAGGGCGAGAACACAACGCAGGCUGUGUGUGUUUCGUCGUCGGUUUGUUGUGUUGAAGGAGAAAACGGGAAGAACGUCGUUGAAAAGAAGAGAAACGGGGGAGAAAGUGUGUGGGAGAAAGAAUAGGAAUAGAGAGGGGUAGGAACGUGUGCCGUUGACGUGAUUACGAGUGACGUGACGUGACGUGACGUGACGUCGAGGCGUCGAGAUGCUCCUGGAUGAGAUGGCCGCCUCCGUUCACACGCUGCUGUCACUACUUCUCGUCCUCGGUGGUUGUACGCUGUGCAGCGGCAGGAUCACGAAUCAGGAGAUAGUGACAAUGACAGAUGCGGAGGCAGUGGCAGGUGGAAUUGCUCAGUUACCAUGCGACGUGGAACCUCCAGUCCCCGGGGACAAGCUGCAUCUAGUUAUUUGGUACAAGGAGGAAGCAGACGCACCGAUAUACAGUUUCGACACGAGGGGUCGAAGCAACCUGGAACAAGGGAAACACUGGCAGGAUAUCAGCCUCGAAAAUCGUGCCUUCUUCAGAUAUUCAGAACACCCCGCGAAACUCAUUCUCGAGAAAGUCGGUGAGAGCGAUGCCGCCGUUUAUAGAUGCAGGGUCGAUUUCAAGCAAUCCCCCACCAGGAACAGCAAAGUGAAUCUCACGGUUAUCAUACCGCCGGAACAUCUUAGCAUAUUGAACGAAGAUGGAACAUCUCAUAUUCCCUAUUACAUCCUGGGCCCGUACACCGAGGGCGCAUCUCUGAAUAUUACCUGCGACGCUACUGGUGGUCGACCUCAGCCAAGAGUGACGUGGUGGCAAGAGAACGCUCUCCUCGACGACACUUACGAAACUAUUGAAACGAAGAAGGUACGGAAUGUGCUGCGAUUGGAAAAGUUGGGCCGCGAGCAUCUGAACACGGUUUUAACUUGUCAAGCUUCGAAUAACAACAUGGUCGCUCCGAUAUCCAGUUCUGUUACCCUCGAUAUGAAUCUGAAACCAUUGUGGGUCCGUAUGCAAGGGAAGAACCGUCCAUUUAGCGCUGGCACCAUAUACGAGAUCACUUGUGAAGUGGUUGGGGCCAGGCCGACGCCGAAAAUCACGUGGUCCAAGGGUAGCACGAUGCUGAGGGACGCCAGACAAACGAUAAGCCCCGACAACAACGUCACCAUCAGCGUCCUCACGUUCGUGCCGAGUAUCGAGGAUGCGGGCAAGUUCCUCUCCUGCCAUGGGAGUGUGCAGAAUAUCCCGGAUUCCGAGAUGAAGGACGAGUGGAAGCUCGACAUAUACCACGAGCCGGUGGUUACCCUCGAGCUCGGCAGCAAUUUGAACUUGAGCGCAAUCCGCGAGGGUAUCGACGUUUACUUCGAGUGCAAUAUCAAGUCGAAUCCGUGGGUGUACAAGGUCUCCUGGCGGCACAACCGUAAUCCGUUGUAUCAUAAUCAAGCAACUGGAACCAUAAUCAGUAAUCAAAGCCUGGUACUGCAAAGCGUGACUCGUAGUAGAGCUGGGAUCUACACGUGUAUUGGCAGCAAUCAGGAAGGCGAUGGAGAGAGCAAUCCACUGAAUCUGGACAUCAAAUUCGCCCCAAUUUGUCAUCACGGUCAGGUGAAGGUAUUCGGUGUGGCGCGACAGGAAACCGCGAAGAUACCGUGCGAGCUCGAGGCAAAUCCAGCGGAAGUGACGUUUAUGUGGAAGUUCAAUAACACAAUGGAGACGAUCGACAUACCUCAAGCACAAGUCAUCAGCGAGCGAACACGUUCCACGGCCUCUUACACACCAAUGACCGAGUUAGACUAUGGUACUCUGCUUUGUUGGGGUACAAAUGAACAGGGAACGCAACUUGAACCCUGUGUCUAUCAUAUUGUCCCAGCUGGUCACCCGGACACACCGCGCAAUUGCUCUCUUUUGAACCAGACAAUAGACUCGCUGUACGUGGAGUGCAUCGAGGGGUUCGACGGUGGUCUGCCGCAGAAGUUCACGAUACAGGUGGACCGUGAUUCAGGAACAGGCAGCACAUCCUCGAAACCGAGCACCACGGUUUACAAUCAAACGAGCAAAGUGCCAUCGUUCUCGGUCGGAAAUCUCGAGCCGGGGACCACCUACGACGUCUACAUAUACGCGAGCAACAGCAAAGGUCGAAGCGAGAGCGUCCACUUCCGUGCAACCACUCUGAAUCUGCCCGAAAGGCGAACAGGUGAGAAGCUGGCGCAACCCCCUCCCCCGGAGAAUUGUACGAUCAGGGAAGAGAGUCGGACAACGGUGAGAGUGAGCUGCGCCGAGAGCGAGUUCAUCGACCCUCGGACUGCCACCUAUGUCCUCCAGGUCUUCGACGCGGACACCAGGCGUCUUUUGGCCUCCGCGACUAGCAUGACGCCUAGCAUGCUCGAGAUCACCAAUCUGCCCGCGGAGAGGAGUUAUUCGGGCCUGGUUCUCUCGCUGAGGAUCAUGACGGAGCACGCGAUGAGCGACGCAACGGUUCUUCACAGCCCGCACUAUGUUCAGGAGGGUAAGAUAAAGGAGCAUCAAGCAUACCCAGCUCUCACGCCAAAGAUACUGUCGCUGUCCGGACCACUGUUCGGCAUGGUGGUCGGAUCGACGGCAGGUGUUCUACUAGUGGGCUUCGUGAUAACCUUGGCGGUGAAAUUACGGCUUCGAGCAAGGUCUCAGGAGGACAAGGACUCUCACGACGACGGUGGCAUGGCAAACCUGGCCGCGUCCGGUACCGGCAGCUCCUCUCCACGUGAUAAAUCGUCGACCCUGCCUCUCAAUUCCGACAGCAUUGAGAGUUUCGAGAAGGAUCCAGAUAUAAUUCCUCAUGCUAACGAGAAUUCUUACUCUGAAUUGUGCAAGAGUACUUCACCACGUUAUGUAUUACAUCAGCCACGAUCGGAUGCAAGUACUUUUACCAAUACAAGCAAUGGAUCAGAAUUAACGUACGCCGAACUGUCGCUUCGGGGUAACCGACGAAUACCUCCUAAUUGUUAUCAGCCAGUACAGGUAUCCAAUAUUCAACGACCUCAACUGCUGCCUAUGUCGACUCUGACGCGUAGGCAACCUAUCCAGGAACCGACGAUUUACGCGCAAGUCGCCAGUCAUUCUAAGCCGAUUUAUGUGCCACCUCCACAUCCAUACAUGAGUCGUAACAAUGACGAAACCACGGCAGAAACUCCAUUAAUCGGACAUGACAAUAAGAUUACUACCAUCAGCCAAUCUGGUAGCUCAAUAUGGCGUACCGACACGCCACCAGUCUCAAAUGCACCAACGACAUGAUUCUAAAACUUUCGAUUAUAUUCGAAGCAACGUUCUACUCUUAUAAACGUUUUUCCACGCACCGUUAAUUACAAAAAAAAGUUAAAUUCAUUUAAUAGAACAAGAAAAAAAACGAAAAGAAAAAGAAGACUACGAUGUUUCUCGUAGAUCAUUUACGCGGAACGACGCGACGUGUAUGAUAUGUUAUCGUUAAACUUUCUCGUACAUAUGUUACAGAAGGUUCUCAAUAAAUAAUGAACGAUGAAAGUAAUAUAAAAACACACACGCACAUACACACCCACCCACAAAUGUUUGCGCGAAGUAUAAUACGAAUAUAUUAUAUAUGCUUUCCGAAUGAUUUGUGAUAGAGUUAUUAUUGAAAUACGGGAAUGAUCUCGAAUCGCGAUGUCUCGAACUUCUUGUCGAGAUAUCGAAAAUUACGAUAUCUCGAAUAGAAACGAAUUUUUUGUUUCGCGGAUAAAACAACCGAUGGCGCGGUAAUCGACAGUAAUGGUUCUAAUAAUUGAAAAGUAUUAAUUUCCUUGAUCCUUUUCAACCGUCCGUAAAAGAAGGGAAAGAAAACAAAAUGAAAAAAACGAUUGAAAGAAGAAAUUGCAAAAAAUUGUAACGAUACAAAAAUGUGUUCUCAUUGUACACUUCGACUUAAUUGGUAAGUGGAACACAUUUGCGAUACCACGAAGUACAAUCAAAACGGCGAAUACCUAAUUGUUUUUUCGUUCAGUAUUACAUCUACAAAGUAUAAUUUGUAGAAAUGCGUUAGAAUUAAUGAAAUGAUAUUUAUUUAUACAUAUAUUGAGCCUGCGUCGAAAGUUAAAACGUCUCGAGGUGUUUUUCCGCAGCUUAAUUAUUUAUUGUUAAACAUAAAUGACGCGAAAAAUUUCGUGUACAGAUUUAGAUAAAUGCGAUGUUAUUAUAACGAUGUUAUCUAAUCAUGAAUAGAAUUUAAAGAGAAAAAGAAAAACAGAAAUUUUAAAAUUUUGGAAGUGAUAAUAUACACGUUUGUUGAUUAUAUUAGAUUCGUUCUAUAUGUUCGAUCGUUGCUCAUUUUUGAAGCUUUAACCGUCCCUGAUGGAAAGAAAUGAUUCUUUUUUCUUAAAUGGAAUAGUUACUCACUAUUUGCAUAAUUUUUGUUUAAUCUAAAUCAUUUAACCUAGAAAAUGUUAUAUAGUAAGGUGAUCGUAUCGUUACAUUAAAUAAGAAAAAUCGCGAAAAAAGUAAGAUGAAAAUAUGUUGAAAUGAAAUAAUAUAUUGAAAUUGUCUUCUCACUUCCUUUAAAAUCGUUAUAAAUUUUAUAAUAUAUAUAUAUAAUCGAAACUCUAUCACAAAACCAAAGUACCAAUUUUUAAUAAGAUUUUCGAGCAUAAAUUAAUAAUAUCAUUAUUAGCUAUUAGUUAUUAGCUAGAUUUUUAACAUUAAUAUAUCAAUGUAUUAAUAUUAAGUUCAAAACUUAUAAUAUUCUUAGUUUUGUAUUAUUUUCAUAAUAAUAUUUUUCUAUAUAUACUAUAAAUUAUCUAUUUAAUUUCGUAUUAAUUUCAAAGAAAAUAUUUUCAAUAUCUAUAUUUUUAAUUAUAUAUUUAUCUACUUCGUAUUUAUUAUACAUCAUAUAAUGAUAUAAUUUUAUAAAAAAAAUAUAUUUGAAACAAAAGAUAUGAUCACCCUACGUUAUAGAUGAGUUACCGACAGAAGAUUGCACAUUUGAAAUGAAGAAACAACAAGUUUAACGAGAAUAGAUUUCUCGGAUGUUAACAUUUCAUUUUUUUUAAGGAUUUUUUAAGGUGUUUAGAAGACUGAGAAUAGAAAAAAAAAAAAAAAAAGAAAGAAAUGAGCAAAAUGUGCAAACUUUAUAUUACGUAAUACGUGCCAUAUAAUUGCAACGUCAAUUGAAAACGUUGCAUGUCGAAAUAUUUCGAGAUUGUUAUAUACCUAGAUAUUAUAUGCGUGACGUUAGCUUGUUUCACUUUUAAUAUUUUAUGCUUUUCAUUUUAUUUCUUUAUAAAAUCGAAUCAUUUGUAAACAAUUGACGGAUUAUUAAAUUUUCUUUUAAAUUAUAUCUUAUUGUGAUGCAAAUAUUCGUAUAUAUAAAAUAAUUGUUAUAAAGGAUAUAGACAAAGCAUUCCAUUAUUUAUGUCUAGAUCCCAUUUCUUUUACUGAAUCGAAUUUGAAAAAAAAAAAAAAAAUAGUUGUUCAAUCUAAAAAGUCGAAUUAUAAUAUUUUUCGGAACUCGCAAACGACUAUCGAUAAUGUAGCAUUCUAACAUACCAUUACUUUAGUCAACGACACUUCAUAUCUACUAUUUACGUCUUUAACAUCCAAUUAAACAAUUUCUUCCAUUCCGAUCAAUUCUGAAUUAUCUAUUAAGCUCGAUUCACAACACGAAUUUUAUACCGUUUUUAUAUAAAUCGAAAAACUGGCCAGAGAAAUAUUGAAGAUCAGAUAUAUAUGUUUAGAAAUGUUAUGCAGUUAUAAAUCUGUUAUGCAGAGUUAAAUCUGCAUAACUUACCGAAAUAGUGUGUGAAUAAUAAUGUAAAAUAAUGAAAAUGUUGCUAUCGCGGUACAAACUACAGUUAAGUCGAUAUUCGUUCGAAUCGAAUAUAUAAAAUCGAACAAUUCGACUCUCUUAACUGACGACGAAUGAACUGUUCACGAAAUUUUCUUAAUAAUCACGAAUUGAUCAGGGUUUUUGAGUAAGCAUACGAAAAAAAAAUUACACUUUCGGAUAUUCUUUAAUGCUAUCAAACUGUUCAUGUAUGCGAGAUAGAGAUAAAGAAUGAACGCAAUAGUGUGAAGAUAUGUAUAAGAAACCAAGAAAUAAAAAAAAAUGACAGAAAAGUGGUGAAAAGAAGAAAAAAAAAAGGAGAAGAAGAGGAGAAAUAUUCAGUAUUUUGUCAAAGAUUCAUAUUACCAGUGAAAUUAAUGAAAGACUUUGAUAUAUUGUUAGUAUGCGUUGUAGGUUACAGAAUGAAUUUAAAUAUAAAUAUAUAUGAUAUAUAAACAUACACACCUAUAAACGUGUGUAUGUAUAAAAGAUAAUUAAAAUCUUAUAAUUUUAAAUGACUUUUAAUAUAGGUUUACUUGUGUAAAAUAAGGGAAAAAAUAAUUGUGCUCAAUAAAUUUCAAUAAAUAACGAUUUUGCCUAUGCCAAUAACGAUUAUUAUUGUAAUUAUUUUUGUAUAGAGGAGUAAGAUAUUAUCUAAAUAUUAUAAAUACAUUAUAAAUAUAAUAGUGAUUACAGCAUAUGUGUAAUAAAAGUAUUUAACAUUA